AUGACAAACAUGACCGUGGAAAAGUCCAUUGUCCCCAACGAGCCCCCUCCCUAUUCGCCUCCAGUGAGCUUCUUCGGCCCGACCGCCAUUCAGGGCGCCAUUCUAAACCCUGGACACACAUACAUUCUGUGGGAUCGCAACACUGGCUUGGUCCUUGCCAUGCGCGACGGCAACUUGGCGCUAGUUCCCCAUGACACGUUACGCACUCACAAGGAUACUUGGCACUGGGAAUGUGAAGAGAAGGGAGGGUGGUUUUCGCUUCGGCAUCCGGCUGUGCGAAUGAAUAUUGGUUAUCGGGUGGGAGGACGCCUGUCUCGAUGGGCUGCUAAACUGAUGGUUGGGGAGUUUGAUGAUGUAAAGCAGGACAGGUUUUGCUACAGAGUGGCCCCUGAGGGAGGGCAUCAGUUGUGGUGGAAGAGGGACGAUAGUCUUCAUGUUGUCGUGCUCGAUCCCGCCAGUGGCAGUGAAUUGCAUUUGAGGUCGGCAGGGCCGAAUGACGUGGUGAGCUGGGAAUUUGUCCAGCUGGCGGAUGGGGAUAGGCAGUAGUUGACUGUGUUGACUGGAUAAUUAGAUCUCU